UGAGCUUUGCGAACUUUCUGUUCGUGGAGGUUGGCAGCGUUUCAAGUAGGAUAGUGAAGAUGGCAGCAACAAUGUUCGGGAACCAAGAUUGGGGAGGAUUUUCAAUGAUUUUGUUAACAACGUUUCUAGUUUUAGGGUUUUCAAAUUUCGGCAAUGCUUUGAUUUGCUACUGUGAAGGAAGUUGCCCUAAUCAUGAAGUCAAUGGUACCUGCAUUGCUCCACCAAAAAGCUUCUGCUUUGUAUCAAUGUCGGAAGUUAUCACCCCAGAAAAUACCAUUGAGGUUGAAUAUACUUAUGGAUGUCUGCCCUCUGAUGAGAGGGCACAGAUGCAGUGCAAAGGGAACCACGUUCCACAUUACAUUCGGAAGUCCAUAGCAUGUUGCAAUGAUAAGGAUGAGUGCAACUAUGGGCUACACCCUCCACCUUUCCGUCCUAGAACUACCACUCCUCUUCCUGACCUUGGCAUUCCAGAUAGUUCUAUGCCUUAUGUUGCAUUGUUUUUGUCCGUGAUCAUCUGUUUCAUACUGCUGGCGGUGCUAAUUGGCUUCCUUUGGCUCUGGUACAAACGACGGGAAGUUCAGUUGAAGAAGAAACUGAUGCAGAAUAGCAGUCGAAAUCUAUACCUCACAAGUAACGGUACCCUUCAUGAUCUUAUGGAACAGAGUUCUGGUUCAGGCUCAGGCCUUCCACUUUUGGUCCAACGAACAAUAGCAAAGCAGUUGCAAAUGGUAAAGUCAGUUGGAAAGGGAAGAUAUGGCGAAGUUUGGCUGGCAACAUGGAGGGGUGAACCUGUGGCUGUGAAAGUUUUCUUUACCACUGAAGAAGCAAGUUGGUUUAGAGAAACCAAUAUAUACCAAACUGUUCUCAUGAGGCAUGAAAAUAUUUUGGGUUUCAUUGCAGCUGACAUAAAGGGUACAGGAACCUGGACACAAAUGCUGCUCAUAACUGAUUAUCAUGAGAGAGGGUCUCUCCAUGAUUAUCUGCAAACCAAUGUUCUGGAUUCAUCUUCUCUUCUCUCUAUGGCAUUGUCAAUAGCCAGUGGUUUGACUCACCUGCACACUGAAAUUUUUGGAACUAAGGGAAAGCCUGCCAUUUCUCACAGAGACAUCAAGAGCAAAAAUAUUCUUGUAAAAAAUGAUGGUCAAUGUGCCAUUGCUGAUUUUGGGCUGGCUGUAAGAUAUAAUAGUGAGCGAGAUGAGAUCAAUAUUGCACCAAAUGCUCGUGUUGGUACUCGAAGGUAUAUGGCACCAGCACUGGAUGAAUCCCUGGACACAUCAUCAUUUGAAGCUUUCAAAAUGGCUGAUAUGUAUUCGUUUGGUCUUGUACUGUGGGAGCUUGGCCGUCGCACAGUAACAGGAGACAAACAAACAGUUGUAGAUGAUUAUCGAUUACCCUAUUGGGAUUGUGUGCCAAGUGACCCAUCAUUUGAAGAUAUGAAGGAUGUUGUAUGCCACAAAAAGAUUCGUCCUCCUUUACCUUCCAGAUGGCAAUCAGAAGAGGUCCUGAAAACCUUAGGAAAAGUUAUGCAAGAGUGUUGGCAUCCUCAUCCAGGGGUUCGACUCACUUCUCUAAGAGUGAAAAAGACUCUUGGUAAACUAUGUGCCAGCAACACCUACAAAAUAGUGUAGACGUUUGCUAUGUUAGUUUUAUAUUUCAUCCUGUCCAGAUUCAAAAUACAACCAAAGCAGACAUCUGCUUUUACUCAAUUUUAUUGUUAUGACCAGUGAAAGACAAAGUUUAUCAUAUGUUUUGGUGUUAAACAUUUUAUGACUAAAAGAAACUCAUUCAAUCAUCUGUAGAAAUGUGUAAAUUAUUGAUUGUAAAGUACUGUUAGUUAAGUGUAUAUUUUAUAAGGGUGUAUAAAGUUUUUUGACGGAUUUUAUGUUAGUAUAUGUACAUAUGUAUGUGUGUCGUGUCAGUGCGAGAAACAGAAGUUCUGUUAAAUAUGUCUUGGCGAUAGCUUUUAGUUUUACAUGCCCUUUGUUCAGGCUGGUAGCUAUUCUUGGGCUGCCCUGACAGCGAAGCAGUCCGUCCAUUAGUAGUACAAACCACAUUUACCAAAAUGGAACUUUUUGCUGAUACUGUACUUAUAUUUCCCGUUCCCAAUUAUCAGUUCCAUCACAGUUUUAGCUUCUGAACUGUUUGAAUGGAGAAGGGGUUUAAUUUCACUUGUAUUUUUGAAUGGAAUAAUUAUAGUAAUAAUAAUCAGGUGCAUCUUAAACAAACAUUUCUUUCUGUAAACUUCAUGAAUUUAAGGGCUUGGGUAUCCACUAAAGCUCAUUUACUAAUUCUGUUCCUCCAAUGAAUGAAACGUUUUCGUAUAGAAUUAAGCUGUAGGUGAUGCAGAAACAGCAAUUUUUUAAAAUUUGGUUGGCCUAUUCCCUUCUCAGUGAGCUCACAUCUCAACUGAGUACCACUAUUAUUUUGUGUUUAUUAUAUCAAGUAUUACUUACCAGCAAUAAUGCUCAAACUAAUUUUAUUCUUGUUAUGUUGUUGUACACUAUAUCAUCCAUUUUCUCUGUAGAGACUUGAGAUUUUUCCUCAUCAUAUCUUCAUUUCAAUAUUGCUUUGUUUAUAUGAAUCAUCCCCAUCCCCUGCAACUUAAGCGCUUCAGUUUUGUUUAUUUUAAGGAGAACUUCCUCUUCGAUAUCAGGAAAAUUGAUGCCUCUUUUUCUAAUUUAACAAACUUGGCUUUGGUCAUGAAUAAUUUUACUGGUUUUCUGAUUGCUUUUGAUCUACAAGUCAUCAUUCCAGGUGUCUUGGUGUUGACUACUUAAAAUUGAAAUAUGGCCUAUGUGUCAAAAAGACAAAAAUGUGCACAAUAAAUAAUGCUGUGAUAUAGUUUGCUCGGGCAGGGGGGUAAGAUUACUUACUUUCUUUAUGACAUCCUUGUUAAAAAUUGUAUGCCUCCUAUUCUUUCUGUGGUUCCUUUAGUCAACAGUAGUUUUCUAGCUCAAAAUGUAAACGUUUCCUUUGCAUUUUUUUAAAUACUUCAUUUGGAAUUAUGGCAGGUACUUGAAGAUGACCUCAACCCUCAUACUACAUAUUUAUGCGCGUAUGUUAAGUUGCUGGUCUUAUUGUUUAGUUAACUCAUUAUUUGCUUUGUGCUCAUCUCUUUUUGAUGUGUUGAAGCAUUGCUGUUGUUGGUUUGCUAUCAUAUAAAUUUCAGGUGAGCUUGGCAAGCUCAUGUGAUUUAAGGAGAAUUACUUGUUCUUAUUUUAAAAUGCCAAUCAUAAAGAAAGAGGUAUUAUAUAUGUAUUCAGUGACGAAACUAUUGUAUUUUGAUAUUCCAUGAAUUAUCUACGAUUAUCCCACUUAGACUUUUACAUUGGCUGGAAACUACUCUGUGUGUUUCUACCUUGGUUCAAGUGUAUAAAAAUGUGUCAAACAGAAAUUAUGUUGCCAUCAAAUCCUUUUUGCAGCCAUCAUGCGAAUUUUUUGAGAAUUUUUUGUUUUGGACUGGCAUGGCUGUAAGAAAUAGAUGAGAAGAUGUGAUUGUAUUUGUGUUCAACUCAAAGUACCUAUUUUUUAAAAAAAAAAUCAAAACAACAAGAACAAAAAACAGCUAACAAACAAGAAACGAAUAAAAAGUCUAAAUUGCUAAGAUGAAAAAUGUCAAGUUAUUUACCAGCAAGUACAAUAUUUUGACAAAGACUGAUGCUGUUUAAAGGCUUAGGAACUUACUUCAGCAAUAUCGAUGUUAAGCCAUUUCAAUGGAAGCAAUUGUUGCUUGAACUCUGAUCUAGUGUGUAUGUGUGUAGUUUGAAUGUAACUUUCAGUAAUGAAUUGUACACGGUUUUUCUAUCUACUUUAUAAUUUUCUAAGAAGAAUGCCAGAGUUCUGAUGAGCUUUAUUUAAGAUUCAAAGCAACUUUUAUGAAUUUGAUAUGUAUUCUCAGUUGAGCAAUCGAGUGACCAUGCUCAAAGGUAGUCGGCAUGUACAGUGUGAAAGGUGAGGGCUGUGUUCAUUGUAAGACAAAAGCACCUUCUUACACGCCAAUAAGUAUGGUUGGUUUAAAAUCCCAGUGGUGUGCAAUAAAGUUAUGUGAAAUGUUCCCUCGCUUUUACCUAUUAGUUGAAGUUUCAUUUAAUGUGCAUUUGUCGCUUCUGCACUUCCCUAAUUUUGACAGUCGUUUAAAAAAAAUACACUUGUGUUGAGAAACAUGUGUAGAUUCAACUAUACUUGGCUGACUGACCAUUGUGAUUGAGUGCACAGUAUAUUUAUUUUACUGUUAGUGUUCUGUUUUUUUGUAUUGAUUCCCCCUCUUGUGUGGAACAACUGCAGUUCAAUGACUUAAUUACUCUGCUUCCAUGCAUCAGUUUAAAAUAUGAAGAGGAUAUUUAAGACUUUUGUGCCAUAAAGAUCUGAUAUUAUUAUUCUUAAUCAUCCUUGUUUAUUUUUGAGGACUUGAUAAUAUAGCAACUUCAUUUUAUUAUCUCAUCUCCAGGAAAUUUCAUUUUAGCAAGGCCUUAGAAAUUUGUGUACCACUUAAAUGUUGCUUACAGUAGGUCGCCAUUAAUCGUAUCCUGUUAUCAUCCAGUUUGUUAAUUAUUUACCCUUCAGUAUUUGGUUUUUAUAUUUGCUAUAUGCUGUAGUUGGUUGCUGACAAACUAAGAAUCAACAUAUUCAACUGCUAAUCGUAGGCAUAUCAUAUGUUCAUUAUCAGAGUUAAAAGCCAGCAAGUGGUUGAACCACUGUUUACUCCUGUCAAAUUCAUCUAAAAACGCUUGAAGAGUAGUGAAAAGGUUGGCUCAUGUGUAAAUGUUUGUGUUUUAGAAGUUAAAUAAAAUUCACAUCCUAAAUA